AUGUUAACGGCCAACGCGCAUUUUAAGAACCACAGGUACUGGGAAGUGGACACUUACUCCAGAUACGAAGGGGACUACAUCCCAUACCAGUACAAACACAACCCCUCCGCCAUUGCAGUGGAGACGGCAUCUUAUGCUCUCCUCACCCAGAUGCUGUCUGAAGAUAUCACAUUCAGCAACCCAGUCGUGAUGUGGCUGACAGAACAAAGAGGGAAGAAAGGAGAGUUUGUGUCAACACAAGACACAGUGGUGGCUCUCCAUGCUUUAGCAGAGUAUGCUGCCAAGACCCACUCCUCCACUGUGGACCUGCAGUGUGAAGUGCACUCAGAUGUGGACACCACGUACGAGAAAGAGAUCAGAAUUAAACGCGAAAAUGCAGAGGUUCUACAGGAAGUUGUGCACCUCUCACACAUCUGGUUCUGUGGUGAGGUGGUCACCAUUGGGCUGUUGGACAGGUGCAUGAAAACCAUGCCGUGGAUUAGGUUCUUCAACUUGUACAGUGUCUCUGAGUGUCACGAUGUCGCUGUGGCCGACUUGUCACAUUUCUACCAGGAUAUGAAGCUUGAAGGUCGCAAAUUCUGUCCAGUGGGAAAGUUACUCCCAGGGGUUAAAGUGGUCAUUUUAGAUGACCAGAUGAAGCCCCAGCCAGUGGGGGUGCCUGGGGAGAUCUAUGUUGGAGGGCCCACCUUAGCUCUUGGUUACCUGAACAGACCAGAGCUGAACUCUGAGCGUUUCGUCCAGAGUCCAGGUGCAGUGUCCAGUGAGGUGGGCGCCAGGCUAUACAAGACUGGAGACUGGGGUUACAUGCUCUCGGAUGGCAGUUUUGAGAUCUGUGGUCGCUGUGACUCCAUGGUGAAGAUACGAGGGUAUUCUAUUGAAAUACAGGCCGUGGAGGCAGCCAUUUUGGACCUGCCCACUGUGAAUGCUGCAGUGGUGAUAGUGAAGGGAGAAGAGGGGGAGGACAAGUACCUGGUGGCCUACAUUGUACCUGAGGGACAGACCACCAAGAAAGAAAUCAGAGCUGCACUUAAGAGAAGACUGCCCUUUUACAUGAUUCCAUCCUAUUUUGUACUGCUGAAGGAGAUCCCCAUCUUAGCUUCGUCUGGCAAGUUUGACAAGAAGGCCCUCCCUCCUGUGAAGGAGGAUGAAGAGACGGACCAGGAGGGGGCACCCACCACCGAGGUAGAGAAGCAGCUGGCCCUGGUCUGGGCGGAGGUCUUGCAGCACAAAUCUAUUGAUGUACAGGAGAGUUUCUUUGAUCUAGGAGGCCAUUCCCUUCUUGCCACAAAGCUGCUGAACAGAGUGAAGGAGCAAUUCAAGACAGAGCUGACAGUCCGUGACUUGUUCAUCCAUUCCACGGUAUCCAUGAUGGCCAAGCUGAUAGAGAGGCAGUCGGGGACGGGUGACACUACACUGGCCAGACUGUCACCAGAGUUAGACCUUAGGAAAGAGGUUGAGAUGCACAACCAAGGAGCUGUCAGCAUGGACAUAGAACUGCGCUCUUUCUGGAGGUCAGUGCAGUACAGUAAUAAAAACAAGUGGUACAGAGGCAGGGUGCUUCUGACAGGUGCCACGGGCUUCCUGGGUGCUUUCUUACUGAGAGAUUUAUUACUUAACACAGGGACUCAUGUCUACUGUGUGGUGCGAGCCCUCCCCGAGAAAUCAGGUCUUCAGAGAUUGAAGGAGACACUGCAGCAAUAUGGCAUCUUGCCAUCUCCGAGGAAAGAUUUGACCGAGGAACAGGAGAUUUGUGCCAAGGAGGUGGAUUAUAGGGUUACCACUGUUGAAGGUGACAUUACUCUGGUAAAUCUGGGGAUGUCUGAUGAAGACUACCACCAUUUCACGACUGAGAUUGACACUGUGAUCCAUGCUGCUGCUUAUGUCAACCUUAUCUACCCAUAUCAGGCACUCCAUGGACCCAAUACUUUAGGAACUCAGAAUGUUAUCAUGUUUGCUUGUAAAUGCAAAAUUAAACCUUUGCACUACAUAAGCACUGAUGGUGUGUUUCCCCAUGGAUUAAAGGACUGCUCUGAGGAGGAUGAUAUGACCAAGCACUGUGAUAACCUGGCUGAUGGUUACUCUCAGAGCAAGUGGGUGGCUGAACAGUUGGUCCUGAAGGCACGGAGCAGAGGUUUGCCUGUCGCCAUCUAUAGGCUGGGAAAUUUGUCUGGAGACAGCAAAUAUGGCUACUGGAAUGCUCAAGAUUUCAACCUGUUGAUGAUCAAGUCAUGCAUUGAACUGAAGUUGGCGCCAGAUGUCAACUGGAAGGUGGAAAUGACGCCCGUGGACUUUGUGAGCAGUACCAUUGUGCAGAUGACUCAGGAUAUCAUGUUGUCUAUGGGGAAAGUUUUCCACUUAGUGAACACAAAACCCAUGGAUUCAAGGUGGUUGUUUGAGUGGCUGAUGGCGCAUGGUUAUGCUGUGAAGAUUGUCAGCUAUGAGGAUUGGGUCAAACGGGUGAAGUCUGCACACCAGAAGAAAGGGGAUGGUCUGCUUGUCAGGUUACUAGACAACAUGGUCAUGGACAGCAGUUUUUUCUCCAACCUUAGCACCUACAGAAAUGACAACUUCCAAGUGGUAAUGAAGACUCUUGGCCUCUCAUUUCCAUACACAGACUCCACCCUGCUCAACACAUACUUCAGAGCUCUGAUAGUGCAAGGUGUCAUACCUAAACCUAGGAGAAAAACACUGAGUGAUAAACCUUUGGCCGGGAAGGUUGCCAUAGUCACGGGAGCAUCCAGUGGUAUAGGAGCAGCCAUUGCCCGUCACCUGGCUGGUGCAGGGGCUGCAGUUGCUGUGGCAGCCAGGAGAGUUGAUAAACUGAAAGAGCUGCAAGAAAAGAUUGGUGAAGAAGGAGGAGUAGCAAUAACAGUCAAAUGUGAUGUCACAGUCCGUGAAGAGGUAAAAGAACUUGUGCAGCAUGCAGAAUGCACCCUGGGUCCCGUGGAUAUUUUGGUGAACAAUGCAGGAGUGAUGUACUAUACUCUUAUGAAGAAUUUACAUGAGGAAGAAUGGGAGAGACAGAUUGAUCUCAAUUGUAAGGGUGUCACCAACUGCAUAGGUGCUGUGUUAAGUGGGAUGCUGGAGAGGAAAGCUGGCCAUAUUGUCAACAUGUCUUCAGAUGCAGGCAGAAAGGGUUUCCCAGGCCUGGCAGUGUAUUCUGGUACCAAGUUCUUCAUAGAGGGGAUGUCUCAGGCUCUGAGACAGGAGGUCUGUGACGCUGGCGUCCGAGUGACCUGUGUCCAGCCUGGAGAUGUCAGGACAGAGCUACUGGGACAUACCACAGACACUGAGGCCAAAGAGCAGUUUGACGGGAGCAGCAGCCAUAAGAUCCUGGAACCAGAAGACAUAGGCCGUGCCGUGCUGUAUGCUGUGUCCCAGCCAGAGUAUGUGGGAGUUAAUGAAAUCCUUAUAGAGCCAAGGGCAGCCCCAGUGUGAGGUACCCAGCCCCAGUCACAAUGUUGUAGCAUCAAGAUGCAAUAGGACUGAAUGAGCAACUGGAAGAGGGCAGAUAUUACAAACAUAUUAUGUGGAAAUCUGGCACAAAAUGUCUUCAUGAAAGAAUACUUUACCAAAUGAUGCCGUAAUGAGACCAUGGAGAGUGGUGAUCAUGCAUUUUGCUAUAAAUGACGAUAAAAAUUCCAGCUUUUAUUCUAUUAAUUUCAUUGUUCCAAAAAUUUGAAAGAUAUGCAUAAUUUCUGCAUAUUAGAACCAACAGCUAUUAGAAAAUUAUUAUAUAAUCUUUUUUGUUCAUUGCUAUUAAAUUAGUUAGCUUAUUUGUGGGAGAUGAUCACGCAAAUCAAUGAUGAUCAGUGUGCUAUGAGUAAAAUAGGGGUGAAGCACAGGAUGUGUGAUAUAUAUAGCACUAUAUUAUUAUAGCAAAAGCCAUAGUGAUAAAUAAAUUUGUGCCAUAAUAUUUAAUGCCAGGGGUAACAGGAAUUGAGAUAGUUAAAUGUAAUUUAGUACACAGUGAUUAGGUAUAAUAUAUAUAUAACAAAAAAAGGAAAUAAAACCAUAAAAUAAUGUUAAAAAUUGUUUUUACAUCCAUUUCUUCCCACCCAACAAAUUGCAGUGACUUUGAGUUUAGAAACAUAUUUUUACAUAAUGACUCCACUUAGCAAGACUUAAAUUGCAAAGUGCUUUUAACAGCGUCUUCAGUCGCAUAGCAAUAAUUUUGUCAUUAUCACUCAUGUACUGACGUCUGUUCCAUAUCCAUAGUGCAUGUAAUCACUUUCACCUGUUCAACUGUAGUCGUCUUCUUUUGAACAAGAAAAAACGACACCAAUGGGGUUUGGACAGUAUUUUCUGUUGUACGUGUACUUAUCAUUGACUGGGACGCUAUAUGAUGGGGGAAAUAAUUAUUGACAACGAUUCGAUAAUUUGAUUUUCUAGGAAAGGAGUGCGAUGUAUGAUUCUUGGUAUAUGGUUAAUAAUAGAUCAUGUGUUAAUGAUUUGACACAUGUAUGAUGUUAAAGAAGGUGAGAAAAGAAAAGAGUAAUGCAAUAGGUAACUAUAGGAUGCCCUUCAGAAGUACAGGUUUGUGUCAUGGAAAAUGGAAAAAUUAAAUAAA